AAAGAGGCCAUGGAGCACAGCCACAUCUUCCCGGUUUUUUCCCCAAAUGGGAGCACCUGGAGCCCGGGGCAGCAUCCUUCUGAGGUUGCCCAGGGAUGCCCUCUCGGACCACUGCCUGUCAUCUACUACAGCGUCCUGCUCUGUCUCGGCCUGCCGGAGGCUAACAUCCUGACAGUGGUCAUCCUGUCCCAGCUGGUGCUGCGUCGCCAGAAGUCCUCCUACAACUAUCUCCUGGCUCUGGCAGCUGCCGACAUCCUAGUCCUACUCCUCAUUGUUUUUGUUGACUUCAUACUGGAAGAUUUUAUCUUGGGCAUGCCGCUGCCUCUGUCACUAAACAAUGCAGUGCAGGUCUUGGAGUUCUCGUCUAUCCACACCUCCAUCUGGAUCACCGUGCCCCUCACCAUUGACCGUUACAUUGCUGUUUGCCACCCGCUGCGCUACCAUACGGUCUCCUACCCAGCCCGCACACGAAGGGUGAUAUUUGCUGUGUAUAUUGGGUGCUUGCUCUCUGCAGCCCCUUAUUACUGGUGGCCUGAGCUGUGGCACAGCCUUCCUGGGGUGGGCAGUGGUGGCGGAGGAGAGGGCAGCAGGAGAACCGUGGCCCAGCAUGUCCUGGUGUGGGCCCACUGUGCCACCGUCUACCUCCUCCCCUGCACCGUCUUCUUCUCCCUCAACGCUGUCAUCGUUCGUAAGCUGCGCAGACGUCGCAGCUGUUUCCGUCUGCGCGGCUACUCUACCGGCAAGACCACCGCCAUUCUCCUCGCCAUCACCUCCGUCUUUGCCGUUCUGUGGGCACCACGCACCCUCAUGAUCCUCUACCACUUCUACUCCUCUCCUCCAUCCUCACAAGGGGCUGGCCGACUGCUCCACAUGCUCACUGAUCUGGCGAACAUGCUAGCGUUGCUCAACACUGGUGUCAACUUCUUCCUCUACUGCUUCAUCAGCAAGCGUUUCCGGGGAAUGGCGGCCAAUGUGCUGCGAGCCUUGGUCCACUGCCGGAAGCAGCCGCCACCGUUCUACGCCAGCCACAACUUUUCCAUCACAAGCAGCCCCUGGAUCUCGCCAGCCAACUCCCACUGCAUCAAGAUGUUGGUGUACCAGUAUGACAAAAAUGGGAAGCCCGUCUGUAUUUCCUCUUGA